UGUGCUGGACGGUCAUGGCCAUGAAGCUCUAGGAUUCGCUCAAUCAUUCGGCCCCGUCCUCUGAGACGUCGUCGCAAAAUCCAUUUUAUGUGGUGGUCGUUCGAAUCACUCGCCGAGGAAGUCUCGGGAUAUCGGAAUGAGAAACAGUGCUCGUAUAUGAGAAGGUUCGUUGAGGAUCGGGGCCUUGCGGGUCGAGGUUUCUGAGUGGACAUCUGACGACGGCUUCGGUGCGCUGCAUUUCUUCGCUAGCUCAAUCUCGGACUGCCUGUCGUGAUACUCGGAAUUUAGCACAAUGUGGCCGACUGCUGCGUCUGCGACGUGUUCUCUGUCACGCACUCUGUCUCUCGGGCAAAUUGGUAGCUCGUGCAAGUCAGUGAGUGGAAUUGGUGGUCUCAGCAGUAGCAGUGGCGAUGUUUCGAUGCUUGCUUCUAGUUCGUCUUCGCUGAACUCUUCGUCGGGACUCGCGUCAUUCGGUGUUGGCCAAGUCCGGGACUCGCGUGCGAGUAAGAAGAGAUUCUUGAAGUGUAAGGCUUUGAAGAUUGAGGGACCGCCGCCGAGAAUUGAGCCUGUUGCGUCGGCCAGUUCUGAGAAGGCUGCUGAAGCUGACAAGACCACUCCUGCAGUCGAUGGUGCAGCAGUUCCUUCUCCUAGCACCGCUGAAUCGCAGGAAGCCAAAAUAGCUCGGAGGGCUGCCGACUGGAGGAGGGUCGAGAAGCUGAAAGAAACCGGAACUCUGCACAAAGGGAGAGUGGAUGCCUGCAACAGUGGGGGCAUUCUAGUGCGCAUCAAUGGGCUUCAAUCUUUCCUACCAUUUUCGCAACUGAAUUCCGCCCGCUUGACAAAAGAUGGUGUGACCAGAACUUCUGCUGAAGUUGGAAAGGAGCUUGUCGGCGAGUUGAUCACUGUCAAGGUGAUUGAGUGCAAUGAAGAGGAGAGGAGGCUGAUCGUCUCCGAGAAACAGGCUGUGCUGGUGGAGAGCGUUCAGCAGAUUAAAGAAGGAGAUGUUUACGAGGGGAAAGUUAACUCUGUCACUGAAUACGGAGCAUUUGUCGACUUGAAGUUUCCUGACGGAUCGUAUCCCGUCAGUGGACUAGUACACGUCUCGGAAUUAUCUUGGGAUCCAGUGCCUUUUCCCAGAGAUUUCAUACAAGAAGAGCAAAUAGUGAAAGUAAAAGUUGUUCAAGUUGAUCGGGAAAAGCUAAAGCUGGCACUUUCCAUCAAGCAGCUCCAAGCAGAUCCCUUGUUGGAGACUCUGGACACACUCAUGCCUGUCGAGCCCCUAGAAACCACACCAGGUUCUGAUGCAGAGAUGAUCGAGAUACCCCUACCCGGACUAGAACAGAUUGUCGCCUUCAUGCUCGAAGAGGAAGGGAUCACUAAAGUCACCCUGGGUCGCCAGGCUCUAGAACGACGAGUUGUUUCACAAGAUCUGGAGAUCUGGCUAUCUAAUGUACCCGUGGAAGACGGAAAGUUCACCCUUUUAGCUCGGGCUGGGAGACAGGUGCAAGAGGUGCAUUUGGAAACCAGUCUGGACCGUGACGGAAUUAAAGCCGCUGUACAAAGGGUCACUGGCAGAGUCCCUUAAGCUUCAGGUAGCCGGGGAGAAUUGGCAUAUUAGAUGUGCCAAACAGAGCUUUAUGUGAAAAUCAGUUUGGAGAAAUGGGUGUCUCCCUCCGCCCUGUCUAACUGGAGCAAGUUUAGACAGAUCUGACCAGCUAAAGCUCCAAUGCCUCUAUUGGAAGACAUUCUCUGGAGGACGCAGUGAACUUUAGGAGUUUUGUAGGGGUUGUACUUGAAGUUUAGAAGCUUGUAAUAUUACCAGUGGAGAGGCUCAAAAUACAGCCCAGAAACUGACGUGCAAGUUGAGAGGCCAUCAAGGUGGCGAAUAGUGCACGCAUAGCAGGGCAAUUAGGCGUGAGCUUGUAAAAGCACUUCCACUUCAUCAUGAUAGAAUGUACGUUAUUGUCUUACUACGUUUCCUGUAUCUGUAGAGUCAAUUCAAAGAAAGACGAGUAUUUCUCUUCCUGCCUUGCAAAUUGUCAUCUCUGACUGUGACCGGACGUUGUUACAAAAUUACGUCAGUGUAAUAUUCUCAAUCUGUAGGCCUGAAGAUCUACAGGUCUUUGUCCUCCUGAUGAAAAAAAA